AUGCUUGAGGAUCUCCCGAACGAGCUCCUGGAAAAUAUUGCGGAGUGGUUACCACCGCUUGCUCUUCGAUCCCUGAGCCACGCCUCCUCGAAGCUCUACCAUGCUCUGCUCCCUCGGAUUUACCGUGUGGUCGUGUUUCGUGCUGCGAGUAAAUGGGCCUUAAAUGUGCUUAACAUCGAUGAUUUCUUCAUCCAACACUCCCAAAGCGCCAGCCACCUUCUACACACCCGCCACUUGAAAAUUGACGCCCCGAUCGAUCUUACUCGGUUCAAUCGCUGUGCGGCAUUCAACAUCUUUCGGGCGGUCGGAUUGGCCGCUGAUCCUUUCUCGAGCAUUGGGACUUCCGACGACGCUAGGGCCCAUCAGCAGUUCUUGGAGGACAUUGGCGAUCAACUUCACUUGGUCUUCGCACAUCUCAGUCCUAGUCUCCUUCGAUCAUUCACGUGCGUAUCAGGUCAUCCCACAACAUGGAUCCCAAUCGCCGUGCUAAUUGGCCACCAGGUGGCGCUUGGGCACAUGCCUUCCGGCGGCGCAUCAGCUGGCAGACCAGAUUUCUCCCGUCAAGUGCUUGGGCUGCAAGGGUGCACUGUCGCGACCACAACACGCGCCUCGGGCCCUGCUCCGGCAUUUUUGCCCUCUCUUACGUACCUGACACUCUCCAAGGCAUAUCUCCAGAAAAGCCCGCAACCGACCGCUUUGUCGAUUUUUGCUGGCUUGAGAUCCUUGAAGUUGCGUGACUGUAUAAACUCCUGCGAGUUUUUGGACGCACUGUCGUGCUUGCAGAAUAAGCUUCAGUUGCGGCUAUUUGAGCUCUGUUGCGAUAAUCUGGCGCUUGACCCCAACAAGGCAAAUUUGGGUCCGGUUGUUGCUUUCUUACUUUCCCUCCAAGGCUUGCAGCAUCUCUAUUUGAAACUUGCCAACUUUGCACAUACCCACCAAAUCGAACCCGUGAUUCGGCAUCACAGCCGGACCCUAGACGCCCUUGUGUAUCACGAGAAACAACUCGCUCCGAUAGAUAAUGAGAGACUGUGGUGGGAUACUCGAGACUUCUGUCCGUCAUGGAUAGUCGAUCGGGCCGAGUUGAGGCAUCUCAAUCGACUCUCUGCCUUAGCGCUGUGUACCAACACAUCUUCUGUGGUCAGUUACUCGCGUGAGAGAACGGUAACCAAAAGAGAGAGGCUGCUGAUCCUUUUAGCACAGCGAGCGGGCCUUGAGCCGGGUGCGAAAGCUUCUCAUCUUCAGGUGCUUCAUUUUCGAGUCACAGGCGUAGACCAUCUCCAUCGAGACAUUCAAUCGGAAGUCGUCUCGCAGAUUCGGACAGCAGAGGACCGAGACGAGGGAUGUCCGUGCGGUUGUUGGGGCGGGCAGACAAGACGGAUCUCCCUCUCCGACCGGGAUUUUGACUUUGCGAGUCUCUGGGAAGAACAAUCUAUCGAGUCCCCGCGAACUGGGCUAUCGGACGGGUCAGGUGGGUCACAGGCCAGCACCGAAUCAGCUGAGAUCAAAGAAGUCCUGGACUUUGCGGACUGGGCGUUCGGGCCGAAUGGGUUACCCAGGCUAGAGGUUCUAGCGUUCGGAGACUUUUCUUACGAGGAGCGAUAUCAGAAGCAGCGGUUUCUGGCGCGUCGGAAACGCUCGGUGCGAUUACGAUUGCCUGGUCAACGUCCCGAGACCCGUAAACACUACGGCUGGAUUUUUUGCAUUGGCGAUAUGAACGAUCCAUCUCUUUGGAGCGACGUUGGUUUGGACGGUAGCAAAUUUCUUUCAGCCUGCCCCGAUGGUGGUCUAAUGGAGUCGCCCGAUGAGUGGUGA